AUGAGUCUAAUUCAGUGGCUGAGAGAUUUUUUGAGCUCAAUAUGUCGCAGGAAACCUGUACAACAGGGAGUGGGUUCAACACCCCUGAACCGAUGCCUUGGCGUAGCUGAUUUAACAAUGAUCGGUGUUGGAACUAUGGUCGGUUCCGGUGCUUUUCUUCUGCCUGGACAGAUUGCGGGAGUGGUGGCAGGACCGAUUUCACUUCUGACUUUCUUCAUCUCAGGACUGAUUGCUUUGUUGGCUGGGUUUUGCUGCACAGAGUGCGCCUUGCAGAUUCCUGAAACAGGCGGGUCGUACUCGUUCGUGUAUGCCACACUUGGAGAAAUGGUCGCUUUCUUCAUUGGUUGGAUUAGCGCAGGGGAAAGAAUUUUUGCGCUAGCUGCGACAGCACAAGUCUGGAGCAGCUAUUUCGACGAGGCUUUAGGUGGCUACAUACAAAAUGCUACUGUCAAAUUUGUUCUUGGGGGUGAGGAAUGGGAUGCCCCUCUUCUUAGCAGCUAUCCCGAUUUUGUCGCUGGAUUGGUGAUUCUCGCUUCCUGUGCUCUUAUUUCAACUGGCACGAAUGUAUUCUCCAAGGUUAACAACGCAUUUGUGCUGUCGACUUUAUUAACUCUUAUUUUAGUUUUCGUCGUAGCGAUGAUUCACGCAGAUUUCUCUUACCUUCUAGAGCAUGGUUUUGCUCCUCGGGGAGUUGGACGUGAAGAGGUUGUAGCAAGUAUAGUAAGUGCAUACAUAGGAUACGCUGGUUUUGAAGCUAUCGCACUGAGUGCUGAGGAAGCUAAGGGUCAAUCGAAGGAUCUCUUGAUGGGGUUAUUGGCUGCAUUUGGUAUCAGCAUGCUGGUAUACAUGGCUGGAUCCCUCUCGAUCACCGUAUUAACGGAAUACAGCAACAUCAAUCUGAAAGCCCCGUUUGAAGCGGUGUUUAAUGAACUCGAUGGUUUACGUUGGAUAAAGUACAUUGUAGCCAUCGGUGCGCUAUGCAGCAUAACGGGUGGAGCUCUAAACUUAUCUUACAGUUUGACCCGCUUCAUUUAUCCGAUGUCAAGAGACGGCCUUUUGCCCGCCAUGUUGUCCAAGACCCACGAGAAGACCAAGACGCCCAUAUUGGCUACUGUGUUGGGAGCGUGUUUUUCAAUCGUUUUUGGUGUGUUUGUUGAUAUCAAGUUUUUAAUUCAAGUGUCUUCUAUGCUAUUUACGCUGGAAACGGCCAGUAUUAUGUUUGCGGUAGUCAUUCUGCGUUACACACCCACUACGCAAACUGGACGUAUGGAAGUAGACGGCAAAGAUGAAGGUUGUUUCAAGGAAGGUCUAUCUUCACCACAAGUAAAUCAACGCCAGAGCUUCAAAGAAGUGAAGAGUCUGCGAGGGCCAAAGCAGGAAAGCCAUGCUGACAUUAUCGAUGCUGAAAGGGGGCACUCAAUGCGUGCAUCUUUGAUCAAUAGGGCCUCAACCAGCCUUCUUCAGUGGAUCAGAAAACAUCCAACCAGAUCUGUGAUUCUGUGUCUUUGCUUGCAUGGCACCUUGCAGUUCCUCUUCAUGGGAUUGCUAAACUUCAACCUGGAGGACCUCUUGGGAGCCAGCGACCCUCCUUUAGUACUUGGAGUAGUCAUCAGUGGUUCCCUGUCUGUCGUUGUGUGCUGCCCUUUGUUGCUUCUGCCGCAAUACAAAGAAGAACUCCUGUUCAAGGUAAUAUAA